AUGGUGCGUUAUAAAGGCAAGAGGGAAGCUGGUCCUUCUUCAUCGAAGACAAGAAGCGCCAUAUCUAAACCUAGACCCAAUCAUACACACAUAACUAAUAGAAAAGUGAUACCUAAUAGAGAGUACCAAGAUCACCAAAAGAAGAGUCAUAUUAAUAUUAAUAAGAAUAAGAACAAGAAUAUCCUUAAUUCAUGGGAUGAUAAAUCUCAAAUUGCUACCGAUGGAGCACCUUACGAGAAAGAAAUCUACGAACGGAUCACAAAGUUGACUAGGCUAGGGAUACCCUUUGAUCAGGUUCUUUCCAAAACCGGUAUUGAAUUUGAAAGACUUAAAGAUAUAUAUGACAGACUUCUUUUACCAGUAAAUGUUAAUGACGAUUUAGUGUUGUUAAGUGUUCGUAGUCACUCGGCAGAACAAAAUUCUAACUUAAAAGCUGAAAAGGAAUCAUACAAAAGAGAUAAUGUCGAUGACAUGAUAAAUAAUCAAAAGAACGCACAGAUUCCUUUACUGCUAAAUAAUCGAGGGGUAUAUUCAAAAUCACCCUCUCCACCAAACACCGAUAUUAACCAGUCGGAGGUAAACAUUAUUGCAAAACCAUCUACCGAUGUGCUUCAUCUGGAUAAAAACGACGAACAACUCAGCAUUAAUUUCUAUGAACAAGUUUCACGGAACCUUAUGAAACUAAGGCUUGACUUUUUGAAAUUAAAAUCGGCCCUCCAUGAUAGAGUACCGAAACUUGACGAAUUUCAGAAAGCUUCACUAAGAAAGAAAAAGAACCUGCUAAUUUCGGAUAUAGAAAAGUUCUAUGAAUCAAUGCAUAUGAAUGAAGAUAAAUCUUCCGGGUUCAAUGAAGAUUUCAUUGGAUUGAGCGAUUCAGCACUAGAUAAAGAAGACUUUGAAGAAACUAACUUACCAAGCAUUAGCAUGAACUUAAGCAACAAGACCAAUCAUCCAACAUCUCAGAAGCAAGGCAUAGAUAAUACAUCAGAUGAUCCACCUGAAAUAAUAACAGAUAGUGUUAUUAAAUUAAAGAGGUCCAAACCUGAUCAAUUUACGCCCUACCAUUCCCUUAAUCUUUCGAAGAGUAUUUCACCGAAUAUAUAG